AUGAGGUCUGAUCCGGCAGUCUUGUUUCUGAUGAAACUUAGUCCAUUUGCUCGAACAAUUAUUGUUACUUCGGGAGCUGUGCUUAUCCAUCUAUCGCUCGGCACGUAUCAUACGUUCGGCAAUAUGUUGCCUUACAUGGCUUCGUUUAUGAAGAAUUUCACUGAUUCAAGCAUCAGUGAAGAAAAACUCAUCUGGAUUCCCAACUUUCAAGGAUGUUUCCCUUUUGCUAUGGUGAUUGGAGGCAGUUUGAAUUCACGAACAAACGCUAGAGUUGCGGCUUUUGUGGGAUGCUUUUUUAUGACGUUAGGAACAUUGUUGACAUUCUGGACGAUACAAAUGUCGUUCUCUUUAUUUCUCAUAACUUAUGGAAUCAUGUUUGGUCUAGGUCAAGGUAUGGCUUAUGUAAUAACAAUGUCGGUCGCUAUUAAUUGGGCACGUGAUCACAUUGGUUUGAUUAGUGGAAUAGUGGCUGCUGGUUUCGGUAUAAGUUCUUCUGUCUUUACACCUAUUCAAACGCUUCUUAUUAAUCCAAUGAAUUAUAAGCCGACUAAGAGUGGGUAUUUCACGGAGAAAGAAUUAACCAGUCGAGUACCGUCUGUAUUCUACAUUCUUGCUAUAAUUUAUACAUUUAUGCAGUUGCUAGGCUUACUUGUUAUCUGCGAUCCUCCAGAUGUGAGUAGUUCAGCGGAUGAUCAACGAUCUGACGAUAAUAAUAAUGAUGAUGAUAUUAUUCCACCUGGUUUGGCUAAAGCUGCUGACAAUAGAUCAAUGAAGACGAUCGAUGUUACAUAUGGUGAAACAUUCAUAGACGACGACAUAUUUUUAGCAUUUGCCUUCAGUGCUUGUUCGUUUUUGAAUGCAGUAGCACGAAUUGGUUGGGGAUUUCUUGUGGAUAGAAUAGGCUUCCAAGUAGAAGUUGUCUGCAUACGAAUAAUUUUAUUAUUUUAUCUGGUAUGUUUGGCAUUUGCGACAUUUCUCGCUACUCUGUUGCUUAUAUCGAUGCCACUGGCUUCUUUCGGUGGUAAAUGGAUGUAUUUUAUUUGGAUGUGCUCGAUGUUCAUAUGUAUGGCUUGUACUCAUGCUUCAUUCAUAACCGCUACAAUUAGAUGUUUCGGAACAAAAAAUAAAUCUCUAAACUAUGGUUUUCUGAUAUUAUCCACCACGUAUAUUACAGCGACCUAA